AUGGACGACACUCCACUCGACCAACUGCCGCCGGAAAUCCUCCUCCUCGUCUUCCUCCGCCUCCCUCUCCGCCACAUCGCCGUCAGCCAUUGCGUCUGUCGCUCCCUCUGCGCCACCCUCUCAUCUCCCCACUUCCUCCGCCUCCUCUCCCUCCAACGCCUCCUCCUCCUCACUCUCUGUCCCUCCUUCCCCUCCCCGAUUCCCUAUGCUUACGACCCGGACUCUGAUCGGUGGCUCCACCUCUCCCUCUCCUUCCUCCCCUUCGUCGGUCGCCGCCACGUUAUCGCUGCCUCCCACGGCCGCGUCUACCUUUGGGCCGCCUCCACCUCCGACGAUGAGGAGGAGGAGAAGCAAAGCUCUCCGAAAGCCCUUGUCGUGUGUAACCCCCUAACUGGUUGGUUCGUAACCCUCCCGAAACUCGGCUCCGUGUGGGCCCACCAUGGCUCUGUCAUUUGUGGCCCAGACGGAAGCGUCCUCCUUCUCACCGACCUCGCCGUUAUGUACUCGCGGCGUGGCGGUGCAUGGAGAAAUUUCUCGUCCGAAUUACCCACCAUGCCGCGGACGCCCGUGAUAAUUUCUGAUUCGAUCCUACUGUUGUGCAACCUAGGGGCGAUAUGGAGGCCGCGGUGGGCCAUAUACUCGGGCUCACUCCAGAAGCGGAGGACGAGCAUCCCGUGGACCCGACUCGAGGGGAAAGAGUGGGACAAGAUUUUUGCAUUUUUAAAGUGUCCGAGUCUUGUGCAAACGGGAGAUGAUAGGGGCAUGUAUGUAGUGGGAGGUUUGAUGAGCUCAAACAUGCAGUCGAGUGUGUGCCUCACGAUUGUGAUCAUUAGGUUUGAUUUGGAGACGAUGUGGUUGAAGCGUGAGGCGCAUAUGCCGACGAGCAUGUUCAAGUAUUUCAAGACGUGUGGGAAGUAUAAGGUGUUCGGAGGGGGGAAUAGGGUGUGCUUCUCAGCGUAUGGGAUUGGAAAAAUGGCCGUGUGGGAGGGGAGUGAGACGGGGAAGUGGGGGUGGGUGGACUCCGUGCCGGUGGAUGACGAGGAGGAAGGGGCAUGGCCGUAUUUCAUGUUGGAUGAUGAUCUUGAUUGUUUGUUGUGA